CUUCUGUCAUUUAUGUCAUUCACUAGACCGUGUGAAUAGAAUGUAUUGACUUCCUUGUUGCAAGUCGGAGUAUUUUUAAUUUUGUUGUUUUUUUGUGCUGUCUAUAUACUUUAUCGCACCAUGGCCGACUACUAUGUGCAAUAUGCAUUGCAUUCUGAGGCUCUACUGACCACAAACGUGCAAGAAAUCUUGCAGCCAUUGGACUCAUGGUUGGUGGCUUUUAGCGAAUACUUCAGCCCAGAAUCGCUGAUUGACAAUGUGAUUCCAAUAAUUGGAACAAUUGAUGUGGAGUUGAUGGGUGAGAUGGCAGUUACCUUGGGACUGUUGAAUGUCAUAUCAUCUGUCAUUAAAUGGGUGUUUCCUGUGCAUCGUCCAACCUGGUGGAUUCGUGAAAACAAUCAUCGCUCCAUAAACAUCAAGCAAAGUCCUUUCUCCUGUGACACUUCGCCUGGAUUUCCAUCUGCUCAUUCAAUGUCAUUCACCGGAUUCGUGUUCAUAUUCCUUCUCUAUCUAAACCUAUCGCCUCGGAACAGAUGGCUGGCGGUGACCCUUUUGUCCAUCCCAACUUGGAUAGCUUGUGUAUAUUUUGGCAGCCACUUCCUGCACCAAUGCAUUUGUGGGUCAAUCGUGGCAGUGCUUGUCAUUGAGUCAAUAAGGCGACGACGACAAAAACAAAUGCAGCAACAACCACCAUCAAGAGAAGGCGCUGGCGCUGGCGUCAUUUGUAUGAAAUCAUGGCGUAAGAUAACUGCAAUAGCUGCCGUUACCACGCUUGGUCUAUUUGUCAUAGGAAUGUAUUUUGCAAUGCUAUAUGCUGGAUUGGAUCCGCAUUGGUCGGUUAGAAUGGCAUUCAAAUGGUGCCCAGAUCCGUACUACUUGCGUCACGAAACCAGUCCUAUUUUCAUUAUGUGCCGUGAUUUGGGAUUUAUGAUGGGCGUUGCGUUGUCAAGUCCAUUUACAAACAGGUUACAUCAGAGACUCGAACCGAAGAAAAGUAUUCCAGCAGUGGUUGUCAUAGUGGCAGUUGGAUUCUUCAUUCGGAGUAAUACUCCGAAAAAUUAUGGACGUGUUGUGUUCGUCGGAUAUGAAUUUAUAAGAAAUGCAAUGCAUUCAUAUUCUUUGCUUACAAUUUUACCAAAUUUGUGUAAGAAAAAUAAAAGUAGUUAAUAAAAAACCAGAAGACAAUAAUUCGAUAAGAUUGUGCGGUCUUUUGCAACUUAACGCACAAAAUGAAGUAUUAAAGCACUAU